CAAUUUUUUUCCCCAAAUAAUUGUUCAUAAACAUUGGAUAGUGUGUACAUCUGAGAGGAUAGGCUAUUUGUAAUCACAUUUGUGAUAUAUAAGUUGUUAAACAUGGAAUGUUCAAACAAGUAUAUUGCAGCUGUCUGGAACUGAUGGUUUGUAUUUAAGGCCCAGUGAAAGGUUUAUGUGAAUGUCUGCAGCCAGAUUGGGAAGCCUGCAUUUUGUGCGUGUCCUCAACCCAGCUGACUCCAGUUGCUGAGAGUCAGUUUCCUCUGGGCAAGGAAGAAGAGAGGGUCUUUGGUGUCUUAAUCCAAGCCUUAUUUGGUGUUUUAUUAUCAAGGGAUAUUCCCCAAGCAGAAGGCAAUGGUAAAGCUUCUCGUCCUGGGAACUCCGAACACAGGAAAGACAGCCCUGUGUGUCCGCUUCAUGACAAAACGAUUCAUUGGGGAAUAUGACCACAAGAAGGAGGUGACCUACAGAUGCUGCCACCUGGUGGACCAGGAAGUUGUUAACCUUGAGAUUUUGGAUCCAGCUUGUAAGGAAACCUGCGCACGGUCCCUCGAGGAAUCCAUCCGCUGGGCUGAUGGCUUCCUGUUGCUCUAUUCCAUCACACACCGCCAUAGUUUUCUGGAGGUCUCACGGCUCAAAAGAAUUAUUGACCAAACUAAACAGAGUCUAGCUGUGCCAACAGUGCUGGUAGCCAAUAAAGCAGACUUGGAAAUUGGCAGAGAGGUGACAACAGAGGAAGGACAGAGAUUAGCUCGUGAUCUAAGGUGUGGUUUCAGGGAGUUAUCGGUGGCUGAAGCUGUGUUAGCUGUGGAAGCUGCCGUGUUUCAGCUGAUCAGGCGAGUCCUGGACCAACAGCGGCCCUUGCCUGAUCGCCGUUCCUACAUGCUGACUAUGCGCCACGCUCUGACAAGGAAACUGACCCGAUCGAAAACCAUGCAGUGGUGACCUUUUACGUAGUCGUUGCAGUAUAGAGGGGUACUUGGGUCUGUAUAAACCUAUGUGAAAACUACAGAUGUGGUUUCUCUUUAGAGGGGUCGGACAUGAUAUGGGA